GUGACCAAGCAAAAUAGAAUUUUCAAGGACCAGUAAUUUGAAUUUCAAGUUUGAAAACAGAUAAUAUCUCUAAAAGUAAAAAUUAAAAAAUAAAAAAUACAGAUAAAUAGAAAAAUAUAUUUGACAAUGGUACGCGCUUUCUCAAACGGACUCGAUUGAUUUUCCGAUUUUACACCAUCUCUUCUCUGCAACUGCCUGAGCCCUCAAACGAAGAAAGCUUCGCGAGACGAUCAUGACGGAUCUCGUCGCUAGAGGAGAAGAUUAUGAGAAGAAGGCAGAGAAGAAGCUCAACGGUUGGGGAUUGUUCAGCAACAAAUACGAAGAUGCUGCCGAUCUCUACGAUAAAGCCGCCAAUUCCUUCAAGCUCGCCAAAUCAUGGGAUAAAGCCGCAAUAGCAAAUGUCAAUUUGGCAAGCUGCCAUUUGAAGGUGGACAGCAAACAUGAAGCUGCACAAGCAUAUGUUGAUGCUGCUGUUUGCUAUAAGAAAAUAAAUAUUAAAGAGGCCAUAUCAUGCUUAGAGCGAGCAAUAAACCUAUUUUUGGAUAUUGGAAGGUUCAAUAUGUCUGCAAGGUAUUACAAGGACAUUGCUGAAUUAUAUGAGAAUGAACAAAAUUAUGAGCAAGCCAUGGCUAAUUAUGAAAAAGCAUCUGAACUUUUCCAAAGUGAAGACGUGACAACUUCUGCAAACCAGUGCAAACAGAAAAUUGCUCAAUUUGCGGCUCAAUUAGAACAAUAUCCAAGGGCUGUUGAAAUUUACGAAGAGAUAGCAAAGCAUUCACUUGGUAAUAACUUGCUGAAGUAUGGAGUCAAAGGGCAUCUUCUUAAUGCUGGCCUUUGCCAACUCUGCAGAGGUGAUGUUGUUGCCAUUACCAACUCAUUGGAGCGAUAUCAGGAACUGGAUCCUACUUUUUCAGGGACACGUGAAUACAGAUUCCUAGCGGAUUUGGCUGCUUCAGUUGAUGAAGAAGAUGUUGCAAAGUUCACUGAUGUUGUCAAGGAAUUUGAUAGCAUGACCCCCCUGGAUGCUUGGAAGACGACACUUCUAUUGAGGGUGAAGGAAGCGCUGAAAGCUAAAGAGAUGGAGGAGGAUGAUCUUACCUGAUUUUUUUUAUUUUUAUUUUUGGGUUGUGUUACAACACUUCUGUGGUUGUACUGUUUGCUCCUCGUUCCUCUCAUUGAUUUCAUUGUACUAUGUGGCUUGCUCUCUCUCAUCUACAGACUCGCGCCGCCCAUCCACUCCAUAUAAUAUAUAUAUAUAUGGGGAAGGCGAAGAGAUAAUCUAAGGAUUGUCAUCGUAUUAUAUUGUAAUGAUGGGUCUUUACUAUUUCUAAA